UGUGCAUGUAGGGCUUCUUCCAUUAAUGGUGACUGGCUUCAUGUGAAUCCACGAAGAAGAAGACAGAAGGAUUCAACCACAGGCGCCUCUUUCUGCAGCUUGAAUCAUCUUUAGUCUGAUCACUUUAGCAGUGUUAGUAAGCCGUCAAGCUUCGUUCGUCAACAACUAAUUAAUGGAAAAGAGGAGUCAUUAGAAGAACAGUUUCUAGUCACUGAAAAUGGCGGAGAAUAUAUACUACAUAUCUGACGAGGACAAGAGCGAAGGUACUGAAUUGGAAGCCAGGCCUAAGAAACGUUCAUUCUUGGACUUGAACGAAGAAGCUGCGGGUGACGAUGGAGAGACAAGUAUUGAUGGUAGAUCUUCUCCAGAAGGGAAUUUGAGCAGUAAUAACUCAAGCACAGAUCAAGUGAGAGAACGAACAACGAGUGUGAGGCAAUAUGUGAGGUCCAAAAUGCCAAGGCUUCGUUGGACUCCUGAUCUCCAUCUCGCUUUUGUGCUCGCUGUUGAGAGGCUUGGUGGACAAGAAAGAGCAACUCCCAAGUUGGUUCUUCAGCUGAUGAAUGUGAAAGGACUUAGCAUUGCACAUGUAAAAAGUCAUUUGCAGAUGUAUCGAAGUAAAAAGCUCGAUGAGUCUGGCCAAGUCUUAUCCCAAAAUAGGGGAACGCAAGGAAGAGCACACAUAAUGGAGAUGUACGAAAGAUAUAAUAAAGCCCAAGGCCACUUUGGGAUAGAUAACAGAAACUAUCAACCGACAUCCGUGUUGAUGAAACAUCCGUAUGACUUCAAAGCCCCAGAGUGUUCAAGGUUUCAGCCAUGUGGGAUCGUGAAUAACCAGUGGACAAGAUCAAGUUCAGAGUGGAGCAAUAUUAACACGACAGGGAAAUCACACCUAUUUGAUGUAAGAGAUGCAAUAACAAGAAGUAGAGAAUUUAUCGAAGAAAAGAGAUGGCCUCAUCGUGAAAUACUUGGAGUCGGACCACAAUUUAGUGACAGACCAAGGAUUUCAAGGGCCGAUAAGUAUAAUAAUACAAUGGAACCUAAUAAUGCUCCUCUAUGGAGAACUAAACCUAGUUCUGUCCAUGAUCAAUACCAACGUAGUUCUGGUGCUCCAGUCUUUUUGUCAACUCAUGCGCAAUUUGAUGCUAAGGUUCAUGAUGUAAAAGAUGGAAUCAUCCGAUGUAUAAAUGAAGAGGAGCUAUCGCGUGCAGCUAAGGUGAAAGCCCAAAUAUCAGAAAAGUUGAAGGAGAAGAAAGAGGCACCUACAACUACUACAGGUUUCCUAGAUUUAAGUUUAAAACAUGAUUUUGGAAACGUUAGAGAAAUGAGCGUCUCCGGUCCAGGAAACGAUCAAGUUAAUACGAAGCUUUCUCUUUCGUUGUUGUGACGACGACAUGAAAAAUAACACAUAGUAGUAAUGGACAGUGAUGUGAAAUCCCAUAUAUACCCAUGAAUGUUGAGCUAGAGAGCUUGUGUUUAAUUAAUUGCAAAAUUAAUUUUGAAUGGAGGGUUUGAUAUAUUUGAUGAGGCGUGUACUUAGGAUCUGACCAUGUCUAAUGAAGCAUAGGAGUGAGAUCAUUUGAGUACUUGCCUUAAUUAAUAG